CAGUGAGCACGUUUUCAAUUUCUGGCAGAAAAUAAAUAAAAAAAUGGGUUGGAAAGUCGUUAAGAUGAUUGAGGACGGCCGCAGUCUCAUCACCGCUGUUCCGGAUAGUUGGGAACAGGACGGAUUACUCUUCUGGCCACCGCCAGAAUUGGGAGCAAUUGAGAAGCUGAGACUUAACCUCACUAUAGUUCCCGAUAAAUCCUGGGCUAUUUACAACUGUGAAGUGAAGGCGCAAAGAAUUGAGACAUUUCGGGAUGCUAAGAAAUUGGAAAAGAUGCUUUCCAAUAUCGAGACGGAGAAUGAGGAAGACUUUAUGCUGGACUACAGGCAGAAGAAAAGAAAGAAAAGUGAACCUAAAAUGUCUCUCGCGCAGUUAGACUUUAAUGAAUAUGUUCCCCAAGGAAAUUUCUCUCAGAAGUCUACGCCUCUCAUUGAAUCAAAUAUUUGCCCCGAAAACGCCCCUCGGAUCUCCACGUCUUCCAACGUCACAAACUGCAGUGACAGUAUCCUCUCAUCAUCAGAAAAAUGUCCAGAAGCACCCUCUGCGAUCUCUACGUCAUUGUCUGUCACCACAAAUCGUACUGAUAUGAUUUUCUCACCAAUUCAGUGUCCGGAAAGACACACUGUAGUCGCUUCGUCAUCAUCUAUCGCCAAAAACUGUUCUGAUAUGACUCUAUCAACAAAGAAGUAUUCAGAAAGACCUGUGGCCUCCACGUCGUCCUUGGACGCCUCAAACUGUCCUGUCACUGUUUGCUCACCAUCAAUGCAGUCUCCAGAGAGACCCGCUGUGGGCGCUACGUCUUCGUCUAUCGCCAAAAACCACCCUAACACGUUUCUCUCAUCAAAGACAAAUCAAGAAAGAGCUUCUCUUGUCAUCUCGUCCGACGUCACAAACUACUCCGACAUGCUCGAUUUCAGUGAGUGUCCAGAAGAUUAUCUAGUAUGCACGUCUCCAAGAACGCCUCCUGUAGACUUUACGACCCCUUCUACCUUGACCAAUGCUUCUGGAACCAUGUACCCGCUGGAGCGGGAAAAGCAUUGCGUUUGUUCAGCCAAAUUCACUCAAGACUGUAAGUGCAAAAUCCAAUAUUUUUAAUUCUUUAUGGGUGUGAUUCUUUCAUCAUCACAUAUAUUGUGAUCCUUAAU